GCUGGUUACUGCAAUGUCGACAACACUUCGUCUGAAGUAACAGCCACGAUGAACACCUACAUAGCUUUGGCUUGCCUUUUGGCCGUCGCUCAUGGCAGCGCCAUUGGCGGUUUGGGCGGGUUGGGAGGAUACGGUCUAGGAUAUGGCUACGGAGCACCCAUCUUGGCAGCACCCGCGAUUUCAACCGCGAACCUAGUGAAAGCCGCUCCCAUCCCCGUCAUCAGAACCGCUGCUAUUGCCCCCGUUGUCACCGCCCCCGUCCUCCGUACAGUUAGUGUUGCUGCCCCCAUUAGCGUAGGCUACGGGCUUGGAGGCCUAGGCCUUGGUGGUUAUGGACUUGGCGGUGGUUGGGGAGGUCUUGGCGGUCUUGGUGGAUGGGGCGGUCUCGGGUGGGGCGGAUGGGGCGUCGGAGGCAAGCACAUCGGCUAAACCUCAGACGAAGUUAAUCUUUGUCUUUAAAACUUAACUCUUCUUCAAUUGGCUUUGCACAGUAAUAAAGCAUUCACUCUUUA